UCGGCCCAGGGCAAAUCCAGUGUUCCCUUCCUUCUUCUUCGUUUACUUCUUCUCUUCUCACGUUUUCUGCUUCAUCAGCCAUCGCGAAGGCCAAUAAUUCCGCUGCGAGUCGCCAACACUUUAUCGUUAUUCUUAUUGAUUACAUUACAUCACUUCUGCUUCAAACUGUGAUGCAACCAACGAAGAAGUAAUGGAGCCUCUAUUCGACCAAUUCAAAGCUUUUGCUGAAUCCAGCCAUGACUUUUUCGACUCCAUUUUUGGUCGCCGCAAAUCGACUGAAAUACUUAAACGUCUACAAAGAGAAUCCUUCUCAGAUCUUAUGAAACUCAGAGACAGACAAGAUAAGGUUGAGAGGAUGAUUUCCUUCUAUAAAUCAUCCAAAGGAGGUCCUUUUCAGGAAGCCAGCACCCAUGUAAGGGGACAUAUGGAUUUUACAGGGGCUUUACUUAUCAAGGGAGAUUUUAAUCAGCAGAACUUAGAUAUCAUAAGCAGGUCUGGAAUAAAAACAGGCAUUGAUUCAAGGUUCGUUUUUCAAACCGCUAUUGGUGAGGAGAAUGCUCUUGCUGCAGAGUUUGUGGCUACUCAGAAAGGAAAGGAACAUCACAGUGAUGCCCUUGAAAUGCCACUUUCUCUUGCAAAACUCAGCUAUAAAGCAAAUGUAAAUGAUUCGUUAUCUCUUAUGGCUGUCCCAGUGGGAGCCCAGUGCAGAGAUGUUGCGGUUGGUUCAAAUUCUUUUGAUCAGCAGGAAAAAGGCCUCACAGAUUUCUCCUCUUUUGGACCGCCCCUUCUGAAAUUACACAAUGGCAGUGCCUUUGGCAUAGCUAUGAGAAAGUCAUGUUUUAUUGCUUCAUUGGCUCAAUUUGUAGCUGGACUUGGAACACCUUCUGGUUCUAAUACAGCAGAUAAUAGAUACAGCACAUUCCUACAACUUGCCUGUCAAUUUCCUAGAGGAACAAAGCUGUCUGUUCUCAGUAGUCACCAACUACCUUUUGUAUCAAAGCAGCUUAGAAAAUUUGGAGCUUUAACAAUUCCGUUAGUCUUGUCCAACCAACAUGAAGUGUCUGAGACAGAACCUGAAGCAUCAACCUUCAGAGGAACAAGGACACAGGUCUCAGGUGGUUCUGCUGCUAUAAUGCUGGAGUCUGAACUUGAUGGCUUUACAAAACUUGGAGGUUGGGUUGAGAUGAACACACUAGAUCCCAAAUCUGCACAAUGGGCCGUAACAUUGACCGAUGUUUCUGAAGGUUCAUCUGGCUGGGGAAUGAGUCUUGGGGGAAUAGGGGCGAAACAUUUUCAAGCUGAAUCCUAUCUAAAAUUCAACAUGGGUGAUAAAUUUUGCUUGAAGCCAGGUCUUGUAUACGCCACAGAUGGAGAUUCCAAAAUAGCUUCUUUAAUGCUUCGAUCUGAUUGGUCUUUGUGAUGAUUUUUUUUUUUCUUUUCUGUUUGCUAUUAUUAGCCUGUUUGAUUUUUCCUUUGGAAAGCUUGAAACCAUGAUUUUGGAUUCUGAAGAGAAAUCUCAACAUGCACUAUGUACUUUUAAGUUUGUUCAUAUUCUAAUUAUUUCCCUCAGGCCUCAAGGUGUAUAGAACUAAUCAUUUUUUGUCACUGGAACCGCUUGAUUCAAUACAUAUUUGGUUUUCAA